AGAGCGGUGCUCAUUGAUUGGUCAAUGAUAUGACCGGAAGUAAUUGUGCAAGUAAUAAUAACAUGCGUACAACCGAUCGAAUCUAAACCGCUUCACGACCAAUCUUAGAAACCAAUGUCUUCAGCUCGAUUAGACAGAUUCUCUGCUGCUUCCAGUUGUUCACUUUAACGGCUAUUGGUCUAUCUUUGUAAAGUAAAGGGGGUUUAACGUUUUAUCGACGAUUGGAUGACUAAAGAGCCUUGGAAAUCUUAACAAUUGUUAAGGUUUUAUAUGUGGGAUUUGGUGUGUGGAGGAGUAGCAGUGUUCUAGCGUUAGGAACUCAAGCUGGUCGUUGACCAUAUUACUGUAACCGAGCAUUUUCAAGUUGUUUCGUCUGUAUUUUUCUAUGUAGUCAUCGAGAAAAGCUGUCUUUAUUGUGGAUGAGUAUCGCAAUUCUGUGUCGUGAAGGAAUCAUGAAGAAAACACGCAGUAAAAGUGUUGCGCUUCGAGAUUGUGUUCAWUGCAGCUGUUUGCUGUACAUUAGUUAGUCUUAAAGUUAUUCAGGACAACUGAAUAUUUACAGUUUCUUUAUUUGCUGGGACGCAUUUGCAAGUUUAUUUUGCUACAGUGAGUAGCUUUUGCUACGUGGGCAAAAUGGCUGGAAAACCACACUCAACAACGGACUUUCUUGAAAGUGUUUCAGAGGACAGCUCCACUCGAGAGCUGGACGAGGUUUUUGGGUCGUCCAAGCAGGCAUCCAGUGACUUAUGUUCCAAAUCUAGAACCGUCAGUGAAAAAGAUGUUAUUCUUGAUAUUCAAAAGCAAAAAGAGCUAGAAAAACCUCAUCCAUUACGAAGUCCCGUGAGAAGUCGACCUCCUCUCCUGCGUGCGUUCACCAUCUCAUCUAUUCCUGUUGAAGGAAAUCAGUCUCAAGUCAAGAACGGACGACAUAUGUUUAAGGCUCCGCUUAAACUCAAGUUUUCUCUCUCAACUAAAAGCGCAGCAUGGCGACUAGAGGAUGACCAUGAAGCACCAGUCCAUAGUUACUUAGAUGAGGGUCCAAUCGGCUACACCCCUGGCGGCCUAUACUUUAUGAAUAGCAUUGGAUCGGGUACGCUAACAAGGAAAAUAUCAACAAGGCUCUUGAAUGGUUCCAAUACCGAUGCUGAGUCGUCGAAACACAGUAGUUCAAGCGAAGGCUCGGACUUGUCAAUCAACUCACGAAAAACCAGUGGAAUUGUCAAAUUAGCUCGAAAGCUUAGUCAAAGAAGAGAAAGAAAAACUCAAUCCACACCAGAAAGAGUGCAAGUUCGUUCCCAAAGCCUUGAAAAUAUUCCAUCGCCGACGGACGAGUCGUCUGUGACUGGUAACAAUAAUAUGGGUUCUAUCAAGUCUCCUGGUCUGUAUAGAACAAUGUCUUUAAAUCAUCGACCAUCACCUCGACCGCGUCUUACUUCCCUGGAAAAUCGAUUUAGUGGGAGUAAUAGAGAAAAUCGUUUUAGUGGAAGUAAUCGAGAUUUAAAAGAAAAAACAAGAAAACGAAAGGAAAAUAGUAUCGACAGUUUAAUCGACUCGGUUGUUUGUCAAGAUAUCGAUGAUGUCAGAACGAUUCUUGAGACAGAAGACCUGGAUGUUAACAAGUUAAAUGCAGAAGGUUUUGCCCCGUUAGAUUUCGCUGUGUUACUUGGUUUUUAUGAYAUUGCCAAGCUAUUACAAGCUUACGGUGCACAAGAAAGUCCCAGAUUACAAAGUAGUUUCUUUGAAAAACACCUAAAGAUGCUGAUCAACGAGGCAGAGCAUAAAGUAGAGGACCUCACUUUAUCAGUAGUGCACGCCACUAACAGUAACAGCUCAGAAAUUAAGGAAACGGAGCGUCAGUUAAAGGAAUGGGAAUGGACACGAUUGACUCUUAGACGAAUGCUCAUUGGUUUGAAUAAUUCUGAUCUUCCUGGUCAACCUGUCAGCGUUACACUAUCUGUUGCGUCAGAGGACUCUUUACUUGUCAGGUUCACUGAACCGAUUAACAACGAAGCUAUAUUCACCAAGUACAAAAUUCAGUGGAGUCGAAAUGAGAACUUUAUUCCUUUGGAAGGAGAAUACGUCUUGACGGAUGUUCGAAAUCUCGAAUAUACAAUACCUAAUCUUCAAAAGUCUGUUCUGUACUUCGUGCGGGUUUCCUGUGGAAAUCUCAAAGGUUUUGGUACUUGGUUGGGCUCAACCCCUCCGUCGUCCAUGCCAUCAAGCUGGCAUGAAGUUGAUGACUCUAAGCCUCGUUUCCAGGGAAGACUGAGUGUUAUCGAUAACUUGUUCAGUCGUGUUUGGAUGAGUCAUGAAAGACAUCCUACAAGCAGCGAUAGUAAGCGACCACGCAGUGGUAACUACGACAGUGUCAACGUCAACGAAGGAUCGAUGUCACCAAAGUCUAGUCGAAAAGAAUCAGUAAAAAAGAGUCUUUCCAAGUACACAAACAUCUUCUUUCAGUCCACACCAAAAUUCAUCAAAAAUAUGAAGAGGGGGGUGUACCUAGCCGCUAUCAUGUAUACAAGUGAUGAUCGUGUAUUGGUGACGUUUGAUGACAGUAUUCCUACCAUUGAAGUCGACGACAACUAUCCACCAACAUUUCUGCAAGACUUUUGUUGGCUUAUGAAAAUCGCUUGUACGUGGAAAGAUGUUAAAAGAAUAAAACAGGAAGUCGAGAAGAACCCAGCAUCCACUUCGGUCUUGUUUAGAUGCAAGUUAUUGAAUGCAGUUGAUGCCUUUCAGACUGCGCUUGGAAAACAAAACCUUGGUCAGUUACACUACAAAGCCGUAAAAGAUCGUAAUGGAAGCACGGUUAUCGUGACAGUCAACUGUCUAAAUCACGCCAGCGCGUUUCGACCCAGAAUAAUGGCCCUGAAGUGGACAUCGCUUAUCAAACUUCAAAAGAAAGCAAGUUUCCCUAUCAACCUUCCUGCAGAUCUUUGUUACGCAUCCGAUAUGUUGAUAACCAGUAUCAAGGAAAAAGUUGAAUACUUCCAACAGAGUCGUAAAUCGCUCGAAAGGGGAAUGUACAUAGGCUACCUGAAGCUUCGUACCUUUGUCGAUGCCAUUCACGUGGUUGUCAAUGAGACCUGUCCCAAUGUUCUUCCACAUGUCAAGAUACGCGACAACCCCAAUGUAUCGAGAGAGGAAUGGCAAUGGCUGCAGAGUAUGGAUACUUUAGGUGAACGCACCUACGAACCGACCAAAACUGCACACGACUUUCAACUGCUCGUCGCUCGAGCUGCAGAAAUUCUGAUGGAAGAAGUUGGUGUCAGCAAAGAGGCAUCCAAGCUUCAUCGUAUUUACGAUCGUGAAGUAGUUGAACUGGACGAAAAUGUUUCGUUUUUGAUCGUUUUCCCGCCACCAGAAGACGUUUGCAGCGCACCAGGACAAGUUGACACUCUGACUCACCGGAAGAAAUAUAUCUCACUUCCUGUCCAGACAUUUGAAAUGAUUCAUAUGUGUACCUACCAAUCGGAUUUUAUAUCCCAUUAUUCACGAUUAUCAUCGGUACUCGACAUGGACUCUGUGCUUGCCCAGCAGUCGUUACGUGAGGCAUUCUCAUCAGGUGAAAUAGAGAAAGCCAAGCAGCGACAAGUACAGCUAAUGGAAUUUCAAAGGGAACUCGAUGAGACGUGGAAAGGUAUGCGGUGGAUUCUCGAUGCUUUGCAUUAUGCACGUGAUCGUCAAGUUCGUGGSGGUAUACCGCURGUUGAAGUAUUCAAGUUCUCAGCUUGUCACAUGAGGAAGACUGGUUCAUCGGGUAGUAAUUCAAGUCCCAAACCCAAAGACGGCGUGGUCAAAGUUUUCUCCACGCGUGAAACCGGUUUACCAGCGGGUGCAGAAGUCACGCUUCACAUAACACCCCAAACAACUGCCAAUGAAGUUGUUGCUAUGGUAAUACAACAAUUGGAGAAAACCUGUGAACAACGAAGAAAAAUUUGUCAAAAUAUUCGUGAAACUGAGUACAAAAACUACUGUCUUGUCGCUGUUGUUGGUUCUCAGGAAAAAUGCUUCAGUGAUGAUUUUAAACCUCUUGAACUUCAAAAUCCUUGGAAACGAGGAAAACUUUACGUCAGGUUAAAAACUUCAGCAAUGGCUGCCACUAACUUUGGUCAGUUUACAAGUGUCUAAUUAUCCGGCUGGGCCUGGGUAUUAGUGCAUUCUCUUUGUUUAGUUAUCAAAAAAGCCUUCUUAAACCAAGACUCUUCUCGGUGUAUACCAAACGAACUACAGUGUGAGUUGGGCUUGGUGCUAGAAUUGUCCAAUAGUAAGAAUGUAAUUCAAUUAAGUAAACAGGUUAAUAGGUAGGGAGAGAUUUCUAUAUGAAAAUUCCAGCUAAAAUUCUGUUAAAUAACAAGGCGAAUGCGUGACAUUUAAAACCCAUAUAUGGCAAUGUAGGAACAGUCUUUUAGUGUCCAGACCACAGUGUUUAUUUAAAAAGAUUUCUAUACAUAUAUUUCUAUCUUAAAAUGAAAUGCAAUCGAAUAACAAAAUGCAUGUAUAUAUUAAAAUAUUGAAAGCAAGUCAAGUCAAUUUGACUUAACAUUAAAUAAUCGAGAGUUUAAUAUAAUGAUCACAUGAUAUGGUUUGCAUGACGACUUUUUUGAAUACAAUAAAGGGCUUGUUAUGACUGAGUGACAGGCAGAGUGGCUAACGGGAUAUAGACAGCCAUUGCUUAUUAUGUUUGAAUACGUUUAUAAGUAUUUCUCAUGAAUAGAGUGUAGUCGGCCUUAAAAGACUGCAUUCUAUAUUCAGGAAGACCAAUUUGAGAUCAUUCAACCAUUCAAUUCAUGGAACGUGUCAAAGUAUUCUAGGGGAUGGUUUGCGCAUGUCCAGUUGGUCUUCCUUGAUAGUGUGUUUGUAUACUUGAGUUAUUUAUUGAUAGUUGAUGAGGUAGUUAGAUUGUUAAAAAACAAAUAAAUCAGAUCUAUUUA